AUGGCGGACUCUUCGAGCGUGAAAGCUUGGUCGAGGGAAGACAUAUCUGCUUGUGACUGCGGUGCAAGAACAUACCGGCAUGUUCACUGCCCUUGUUUUCGAUGUCAAGGAAGUGCGACCGAUAGAACUACCAAGUUACGGCACUGGAGAGAAAACUGCCUGAUUGCUACUGGGGUUGGAAGUGACAGCACUUUGGACAGCUUGGCAGACAUUGAUAGUGAUCCUGAAUCAAUUGCAAGGCCGAGCUCAUCACCAAGUCCUUCAACUCCAGGAGCAGAUAAACUUGAUGACAGUCUUAGCGAAGGAUCAGACGAAAACAGUCCUAAUCCCAUCUGCCCAGAACUUGAAGCAGCUGUUGAAGCUGUGGAACGUCAAAGUACGGAACCACUCAACCCUCUCCAAAAAAUUAUUCUUACAGCAGUUCUUGACGCUCUGAAAAUUAUGGAUGAAAGUGGAUCAUCUGUUAAAACCUUUGAUGACAUUCUGAGCUAUGGAAAAACAAUGUUGUACACUUUAAUUGAUGGCAAUGUUGACCUUGAUGUUUUGAGUACUGUGUGGCCCAAAAAUUGGAAUGAUGUUCAACUUUUAUUGAAGGAAGAAGGUUUUGAAGACGCUAAGGAAUAUAUCGUAUGUUUUUGUCGUACUGAAAAGGUAAUUACAAGAAAUGGUAAAACAUAUACCAAAUUUGUUUACAGUGGAAAUUUCAGCAUCAUGGAUAGCAAGGGUGCUUGUUGUACUCACUGUGGAAAUAAAGGCUAUCUCAAAUAUUACUAUUUGGGAUUGGAAAGUAAGAUUAAAAACUGGUUCAAAACAGAACCAAUGUGCAAAAAAAUGCUCUCUCAUUUGAACGAAAGAGAACACUGA